UUCCCUCUCCUCCUCCCUCUUCCCAGGACGCAGAGUCGCAGAGCUUCCGAAAUGUUAUCCAUGGCGAUACAGUCCACUGUCGACGCCUCUUCACUGAAGUCCUUAGCUUUCUCCUGCGCGAAUAUCUCCUCGAAGCCCACCAUCAGAGCCUUCAUCCCCGCUGCUCGUUCGAGCUCGCUGUCCCGUUCCCAGUGCAGACUGAGCCACCGGAGGAGCUCGAGGAGAGAACUCAGAAUCUCUGCUCCGGUCGCUGCAGCAGCGGAUGCUAUCGUGGCAGAAGCGGAGGACACAGACGAUUCUUCCUCCAAGGUUCCGCUGGAGACAGAGAAGCUUGGAGUGGUUGUGAAGCCAAUGGCGAAACCACGGCUUGUGCUGAAGUUCAUCUGGAUGGAGAAGAACAUCGGGAUCGCGCUCGAUCAGAUGAUACCAGGCCAUGGAGCGAUCCCACUGAGCCCCUACUACUUCUGGCCGAGGAAAGACGCGUGGGAGGAGCUCAAGGUGCUGCUCGAGACCAAGCCCUGGAUCUCCCAAAAGCAAAUGAUCAUCCUCCUCAAUCAGGCCACCGAUAUCAUCAAUCUAUGGCAGCAGAGCGGUGGAGACUUGUCGUGAGCUUCUCUUAAGACUCAAGAACAUCUGUACUCACAGACGAUUCAUUCAUGGUUCUCGCCGCCUGAGGUUCUUCAAAAGUUAGAGCAAUGCUGUAAUUUUCACGGUGAAAAUUUUUGCGAGCUGCUUGUAUAAGAGUUACCAAAUGGUGCUUUCUGUUAUAUGUAUUAUUUGCAAUUAGUUAUGUAACCCAUUCAAUCAAAUCGGCUUUCGCUAUAA